AUGAGAGAGUACGCGACGGACGGGUCGCUCGUCUUGGACAGCGGGUGCGGGAACGGGAGACAGUUCAUCAGCGAGAACACGGUCGGCCUCGACUACUCGGCCCCGCUGCUGCGCUCCGCCGCCUCAAAGAGGAAUCUCGGUCUUGUGCGCGGGAACGUGCACAGCCUGCCGUUCAGAGACGGCACGUUCGACAUCGCGCUCAGCAUUGCGGUGGUCCACCACCUCAGCACGCACGAGAGACGGCUGAGAUGUCUGACAGAGCUCUGCCGCAUCCUGCGGCCCGGCGGCCGGUGUCUCGUCUACGCCUGGCAAUCCGGCGCAUUCUCCAAAGCCAAGUUUCAGCACAUCAAAGACACAGAAUACCUUGUCAGCUGGCGCGGCGAGACGGACGCCCUGCGGUACUACUUCCUCUUCGACGAGCAGCUACUUGUCUCACUCUGCAGGGAGGCCGGCUUUACCGUUGUGGGGUCUGGCAUCGAGCAGGAAAGCGUCUACGCCGUCGCCAAAAAAGAAGAUUAAAAACAGCAUGUCUCCUAAUCUGUUAAAAAUGCGAGAUCCGGGGAUUGAACCCGGGACCAUCAGAUCUUCAGUCUAGUGGUCUCCCACUGAGCUAAUCUCGCGCAGGAGGGGCGUUUUGCCGAUCUUUGUGCUGAUCUAUGGGCUGUUGCGAAGACGCGGGCCGGGGCCUGUGUUCCCGGCGCAAGCACCGGGCCGCUGAUCAAAUUUAUGCUCUCUUCCGCACCGAACCGUUCGAGCUCGGCAAGGUUGCAGAUCUGGGCGAUGCGCGGGGUGGAGAGGAAACGGCGCCUGGCAAUAAGGGCGUUGAAGGAGGCAUAG